AUGGUUGCCGCUGCCACGUCCUCGCGCCGGGCGGCCAGUCUCUCUCAGCGCCGCCGCGACCGCCUUCCCCACCUCUGGGACAACGCCCGCCAGCGCGCAGGUGCUGUUCCCCCCGUGCUUUCCCUGGCUCGCUGCUCCCGGUUGGUCCGGGUCUUCAGCGCCGCGGGGCCACCUGAAAUUUACCACCCGCUGCGCACCCAGUCCCCGACGCGCAUAUCUGGCCCCCCAAGCAUGACCCCGUUCUCAUACACAAGUCAGAGAGAGCGAGCCCCGGUGGCAGCAGGCUACCAAACCGCAGGCAAUGUUAUUGAUCGAGCUCUAUGUCCUUCUAAAACACCCCCAAAGCGACUACGUGAUUCGCUGGGACCCCACCAGCGAGCGCAUCGCCGUCAAGCUUCCGGAGCAGCUCGUGUUGCGCAUCCCGAGCGCCUGUUGCGUCUCUCGAAGCCUCGCAAGAUAACCGCCCUGCUCAGAGGCUGCGGGGCGAACCUGUGGAUUCUUACGGUCGCCAGGCUCGUUCGCUCGAACACGGCAGGCGUCCGCCUCGCGCCGGUUGCCUGGCGGAUGUGCAUGCAAGACGCCGAUGUCACUGCAUGCUAUGUCAUCACACUCAUAUUGCGCAGAUGA